AUGCUUCCUUUUUCUUCACUGCUUCUUCAGCAAUGGAAUGAGACCUAUCUUCAUUAUCACAAAGUUGAUCCAAAGCAAACAUACUAUUUAUCCAUGGAGUUUCUCCAAGGGCGAGCAUUGACUAAUGCCAUUAGGAAUCUUGAUAUUCAAGAUGCAUAUUCCAGUGCUUUGAACAAACUAGGACAUGAACUUGAAGAAAUCACUAAGCAGGAAAUGGCUGUAGUGAGAGCUUCUGUUGGGCUAUCUGUUACUCCAGUUAUCGAAAAGGCAGUCACGACACCUAUCUCAGAGGUUUUCCAGAGGGGCAUAGGUGAUAAGGCUAUAAAUCAGUUGGAAAAAAUAGUUAAUACUAAGCUUGAAGCAACUGUUUCAAGGCAAAUUCAAGUCCAAUUUCAAACAUCUGGAAAACAAGCUUUACAGGAAGCACUGAAGAGUAGUAUGGAAGCUUCUGUUCUUCCUGCUUACGAGAUGUCCUGCAAAACAAUUUUGCUUCUUGCUUCCAAUCUAUGCCAGAUAACAAUGGAGAUUGAUAGAUGUCGGUUAAUAGCAUCUUCUGGAGCAUAUAAAGCGCUUGUAGAAUCUGUGCUAAGUAAGAUCAUGGAAGAGCUUGAGAAUCGCAUCACUAGUCAAGUUGAACUGGUAAAGCUUCUUAGCUAUGUUGUUUCCUAA